CGCCGGCGCCCGAGGAAUGUCUUAACGAGCCCUUACACCGUGACGUUCGACGAGUCUUUCCAUAAAAUCACGUUUCUUAUCCGCUUAUCGUGUCGCAUCACUGACGAGAUAAUUCCGUCCCUGUCGAUCGCAACGCUACCGAUAGCGUGAGAUAGAGACGGAAGAUCCGAAUUUUAGGUGCGGUUGAGAAAAAUUGUUUCGUUAUACGUGAACGCGUUCAGUGUUCGUCGGUUCACCUGACGUGCGGACGAUCGAUACGACACGAGUACGGCGCAGCACUAGCCCGUUUAAAUUUUAAUCGCGAAUUCCGAGACGGAGACGACCGCGCUUCACGCUCUCGCGUAGUGAUGUGUGUUAUGUAAAAUCAUUAUCGAUAGACACGGUGCGUGACAAACAUGAUGACUAUGGACGUCGGGAUGUACAACAAUCAGCAGAGUGGGUACAACGCGGAGUACUAUCAGCAGGGAGCGGCGUAUCAGCCACCGUAUGAGGGAUACCACGAAGGGUACUAUGAGCCAACACCUUAUUACGAACCCAUCAUCCAUGGACAAGCGACACACGAGCCAGCUCCAGUAAUAAGCACAGACACGGGACUUUGUUACACAAACUUGGACUAUGGAGAAUUGCAGCAAAACUACCCAAUACACACGCUACCACCGCACCCUGAAGCGUUCAAGCACAGGGAGGAGUUACCCAGACCAGAAGAAAUACACAUGCACGAACACAAACUGGACAAUCACUACUUGGAGACGAAGUACAACAUGCAUUUUGUCGAUGACUCCAGCAUGCAAUACAACCACGCCGGCUCCCCGCUACCGUGCGGAGAGUUCGACCCCUACUCCCCAAAGGAAGAGUUCGUAGGGUUACGAGACGGAUUCCCUCGGGACGGAGAGAUGCAAAACCAUCAUGUUGGUCAUCAACCUCAUCCGUCACACUCCGCCGUGCCAACGUAUAAGUGGAUGCAAGUCAAAAGAAAUGUACCCAAACCUGCUGCACCAAAGCUGAUGAUACCUCCAGCAGACUUCGUGAAUCAGGGCGUCCUUGGAAGUCCGCAGGACGGUCUCCGCACACCAACUGGCAGCCAGAUGCUCGCUAACCCACUCCUCAACUUGAACAACACAGGCCGAACCAACUUCACAAACAAACAGCUUACUGAACUCGAAAAGGAAUUCCACUUCAACAAAUACUUAACAAGAGCGAGAAGGAUAGAAAUUGCGUCCGCCCUACAACUGAACGAGACACAAGUCAAAAUCUGGUUCCAGAAUCGAAGAAUGAAACAGAAGAAACGCAUCAAAGAAGGCCUGAUCGUAGCCCCCGAGGCCGCUUCAACAUCCCAUUCUAGUGCUAUCGGCUCAAAUGAGAACAGCAGGGAGUCGAGCUAAAUAGUGUUUGUGAAUGAGUGACUUUGAUACGAUUUACCUGAAUAUACAAAGAUGGCGUCAAUUUGAUAAAUUGAUCAAACCAUAAUGUCAAAUGUGUAGGUAUAAUUGUAUGUAAAACCAACGGCUUGAGAUGCUUAUUUUAGCCCCAUUUGUAAAUCUAUUGAUAUAAAAUCUGUAACGAUAUUUUUAAUCUGGCUAUAUUUAAGAUAUACCCGGCGAAAUCUUAACAAUUGAUAAGCGGUUUAUUAAAAAGUCUAAGUGCAAACGUGAUUGCGCUAUUAGGUGGCCAUCACGCUCCGCUUUCUCGUCUCUAAAAUAGAUAUUUAUGUCAUGUUUAAAUUCCGAAGUAUAAACCUAGUCGAUAGGUAUUUAAUUA